AUGGCUAUGAGUUACCCUUUUCCAAUAUACAUCAUUCUCUUAAUAAUAACCAUACCACGUUUAAUAUCCACCGUUGGUAAAACCGAGCAAUGGAUAUCUUCACUUCCAACAGAGUUAUCCAAAACAAACAACAACAUAUCUGGAAAACUCAUAACCGACCCAAAAGCCCUUGAAGAAGCUUCAAACGACUACGGCAACCUCGUACACGAUUCACCAGCAGCUGUGUUUCGUCCGACAACUGUGAACGACAUAGCAACUCUCAUUAAGCUGUCGUUCAACAGUUCUGUCCCUUUUCGUAUCGCCGCAAGAGGACAAGGCCAUUCCACGCGCGGACAAGCCAUGGCACGUGACGGCGUCGUGGUUGACAUGAAAGGGUUAAGAGAAAGAGGAGAUCGUGAAGUGGUUAAGAAUAAUAUUAGAAUGAAAAAAGCUAAUGAUGGGAUUAAGGUUUUCGGAGAUUCUAAGGUUGGAUACUAUGUUGAUGUUGGUGGGGAACAACUGUGGAUAGAUGUUUUAUAUGAAACACUUGAGUAUGGACUUGCACCUGUUUCUUGGACCGAUUAUCUUUACUUGACUGUUGGAGGAACACUCUCUAACGCUGGAAUUAGUGGACAAACAUUUCGUUAUGGACCUCAAAUUUCUAAUGUUCAUCAAUUGGAUGUUGUUACUGGAAAAGGAGAAUUUGUAACAUGCUCUAAACAGAAGAAUUCAGAAUUAUUUCAUGGUGUCCUUGGAGGUCUAGGACAAUUUGGAAUAAUAACAAGGGCAAGAAUUGCUCUUGAGGCAGCACCAAGGAGGGUAAAAUGGAUAAGACUUUUGUAUAGUGAUUUUGAAGUUUUUACGAAAGAUCAAGAAAGUUUAAUUUUAAGCAAAAAUAGUAAGUUGGAUUAUUUGGAAGGAAUUGUACUAAUGCAUCAAGGACCCAUAAAUAAUUGGAGAUCUUCUUUCUUCCCUUUAACCGACCAUCAAAGGAUACUUUCCCUAGUUACUCAACAUAGGGUCCUCUAUUGUUUGGAAAUUGCCAAAUAUUAUGAUCACCACUAUGAAAACACUCUCAACAAGGAAAUUCAAACUUUGGUCCAAGGACUGAAUUAUAUCCCCGGAUUUUACUAUGAAAAAAACGUAUCUUUUGUUGAGUUCUUGAAUAGAGUGAGAAGUGGAGAAUUGAAACUUCAAUCGCAAGGACUAUGGGAUGUUCCUCAUCCAUGGCUUAACAUGUUUAUACCAAAAUCAAGAAUAAUGGAUUUUAACUCAGGUGUUUUCAACAACAUAAUUCAAAAAAGAAACAUCACCACAGGACCUGUCUUGGUUUAUCCCAUGAAUAGAAACAAGUGGGACAAUAAGAUGUCAGCAACAAUACCAGAUGAUGAGGAUGAAAUCUUUUAUGCAGUUGGAUUUUUGCACUCAAGUGGAUUUGAUAAUUGGAAAGCCUUUGAUGCACAAAACAUAGAAAUUUUGAAAUAUUGCAAUGAUGCUGAAAUUAAGUAUAAGUUAUAUCUUCCCCACUACAGCACACAGGAAGAGUGGAGAAACCAUUUUGGACCUAAAAAAUGGAAAAGUUUUGUACAAAGAAAAUAUAAGUUUGAUCCAAGAAUGAUUCUAUCACCUGGACAAAGAAUCUUCAACAACAACUAA